AGCGGCGCUGCAAUUGCGAUCGUCUCCUUAAGACAUAAGAUGUAAAGUCUCAUUUGUCCAGUAAUUCCACUAGCUACGGCGCCCUUCAGACCAAAACACAAUAAUGCUUACACAUUAGUGCUUCACAGCAGAAAUAGGCGCCGGAAUGAUUGGAUGUGUUUGUUAAGACGGGUACGCUGACAGAAGAUGGCCUGGAUAUGUGGGGAGUGGUGUCCAUCACCACCGGAAGCUCACCACCGGUGCUGGGUCGAGCCCAGCGGGAUCCCAGAUCUAUGAAUGACCUGCACGAGCUUAAGAUCGGAAUGGCGACGUGUCACAGUCUCACGCUGCUUAAUGGAGAACUGGCUGGUGACCCAUUGGACUUGAAGAUGUUCGAAUCGACCGGUUGGCUGUUGGAAGAACCGGAUGUGCCAGAGCUGAGCAAUUACGACGUGCUCACCCCGACGGUAGUGAAGCCCAGACGUGCUGCCAACAUUAGCGUGGACGACCUACACAUGCCGCUAGAAGUUGGGAUAGUCCAUCAAUACCAGUUCGUCUCGACACUUCAACGGUCUUCCGUCGCUGUGCGUUUGUUGGGAGAAGACGUCAUUCGUAUUUAUUGUAAGGGUGCUCCGGAGAUGUUACGAAAGCUUUGCAUACCUGAGACAGUGCCGAGUAACCUGAACGAAGUAUUGAGUAUGUACGCUGAGAAAGGCUACCGGGUGAUAGCGAUGUCGUCAAGAAUUAUGCAAGUCACGUACAAACAGUUGGAGAAGAUGAACAGAGAAGAGGUGGAAUGCGAUCUUGAGUUUCUGGGGCUGGUGAUAUUGGAGAAUCGGCUAAAGCCGGCCACCACCUCCAUCAUACAGGAGCUGAAGGAAGCCAACAUACAUGUCGUCAUGAUUACAGGCGACAAUAUCCACACUGCAGUGAGUGUCGCCAAGGAGUGCGGUAUACUGGGCAGUGGCGAGAGAGUCGUACACAUCAGUGUGAGUGAAGAAGAAACCGGCCCGAGACUGUAUUGCGAGAGUACACUGCAUGGGGUACCUGUGGGAGGGCGUUCAUCACUCCGCACGUCCACAAACUACGAUGACAGCGGGCUUGGUUCCUGGCAGCAAGACCAGUCACGGAGCAGCGAUGUGGAAGCCGUACUGGCGCCCGUCAACUAUAAGGUCGUCAUGACAGGCGAUGCCUGGAAGGUGUUACGAGAGAGUGAGAGCGCUUGGUCUCUGUUCCGCGUGAUCGAGCGAGGCGCCGUGUUCGCCCGCAUGUCGCCCGACCAGAAGCAACAGCUGGUCACCGACUAUCAAGCGAUGGGUUACUAUGUCGGUAUGUGUGGGGAUGGCGCCAACGACUGCGGUGCAUUAAGAGCCGCCCAUGCGGGUGUAUCGUUGUCCUCAUCUGAAAGUAGUGUCGCCGCGCCGUUUACUUCAACCACCCCAGAUAUCGUCUGCGUGGCCAGACUCCUGCGUGAAGGUCGAGCGGCCUUGACCACUAGCUUCGGUGUCUUUAAGUUCAUGAUAGGCUACUCGCUGACAGAAUUCCUUUCCGUCGCAUUCCUCUACUAUUUCGAUGCAAAUCUAACAGACUUCCAGUUUCUUUACAUAGACGUGGCUUUGAUUGUUAAUUUUGCGUUUUUCUUCGGCAUGACUGAAGCCUACACUGGUCCAUUGUGCAAAAUACCCCCCCUGACCUCACUCUUGGGCUUUGUGCCCCUUCUGUCUAUCAUUGGGCAGAUGCUUUUAAUAGCUGUGGGUCAAUAUUUAAGCUAUUUGGCUAUAUCGUACUUCCCAUGGUAUGUCAGGCAUACAUAUGAAGGCGAAGAAGCUAAUAAAUGUUUUGAGAAUUAUGCUGUUUUUAGCGUAUCAAUGUUUCAGUAUAUAAUACUAGCCAUUGUCUUCAGUCAUGGCGCUCCAUAUAGAAGAUCAGUGGUAACAAAUAGGAAGUUUAUGGUGAGUGUACUUGUGAUGAUAGCUAUAAGCAUUUAUAUAACGAUCUCACCAGCUCAAUGGUUAGUUCAUUUUCUCGAGCUAGAAAUGCCCAAAGAUAGCCUCAUGUCGUAUGUUGUACUUGCUCUUGCGUCUUGCAAUUUUGUCCUUGCAUUGUUUUACGAAAGAUUCAUAAUUCAGUACACUAUGGAAGAAAAGCAAAUAGUUCCCAAUUUCGUAAAGGAGCGUCACGUUAGUAAAACUCCGCAUUUGAUCAUUAAGAGGCAGUUAUCUUCAGUAGAUUAUUUGCAAGGCGAGAUUAAAUUUGAGGAGAGUAGUUCGGCCGAGGGUAGGUGAAAAUUAAUUUCGCCGUACUUACGGUGUCUAAGCUAUGUCAAAGUAUGUUUCUUCGAUUUUAAAUAUCGCAUGCGUUCACCAUCUGUGAAAUUAAUAAUGCAUUCCUUUGAAUAUAUUUUCUAUAUUUUAUUAGUAUUAGCCCUAGUUUUAAGUAUUUACAAAUUUUUUUAUUCGGGUUUUCGUGUCGUGGAUUAAAUCCACAAUUCAUAGUCUAUUAUUUAAAUUUACUGAAAUUUUUCAGUUUGAUGUUGCAGUAUUAAAUUAUUGUUUUUUAUAUUCUAAUACGAUAUCUCAGAUAAGUUCUAUUACAUAGUUUUGAUUUUUUUAUAUUAAAAGCACGAUGUGAUAAUUAAAGUACACUUAAGUGCCUUUCUAGUUGUAAGUGUAAAUGCCUGAUAUGUGCAUUUGAUAUUACAGUUAUUUUUCAUAGUGAUAAUAUACUAUUCACAAUUUCAAGUAUUUUAUUAAAUGCACGCAGAUGAAUGUGCCCCGUAGAUAACAUUACUCCAAAGUGUUUAUGGGGCAAUAUCAGGGAACGCAUAAUAUGCGUAUAUAUUAUAUACAUGGAAGCAGUCUUGUAUACUAUCUACCGUUGAUUAUUAGCGCCAAAAAUUUUCACCAUUAAUCGCAAUGCAGUAAUCUCUCAAUACAUAUUAAAAAGAGUGUUAUUUUUAUGACGCAUUUUAUUACGAGCAUUAUUAUAAUUCGUUUGAUUAAUAUUAUCGUCAUCUAAUGUGCGCAUGUUAAAAAUUUUCCACUUUUUACUUUCAAUAUACACAUUGGUUGACGGAUACGCCAAACCACAGAAUUUUUUUAUGGAAAUCAGUUUGUGAAAAUAUAGUUUUUCUGUUGCGAACAAAAACUAUUAUCUAUUUAGUUUCCAUGCUACAAAAUUGAACAUAUCCCCAAUUAUUUGUUAUAUACCGUCCCACAAGAAGACAAAAUCUAAAAUUAAGUAUGUUUGUAACUUAUUAAAAAAUUUGAGGUGCAUAAUAAAACAUAAGUAAAAUGUGCUGCUACAGUAUGCAUAAUGCCAUCCCUGUUAUAAAAUAUGUUUUAUUUUAUUUUUCAGUAAUUAGUGUACUUACACGUGAAUGAUGAUCCGUAUGAUUCCUACAACACAUGAAGGCAUUUUUAAUUAAAACAUCCUUGUUUAGUUUUUUUUAAUGAUAAUAAGGGACGAGACGUUCGAGGACGUUAAUCUGAUGGUAAUUGAUAUGCCCUGCCCAUUGCAAUGCAGUGCCGCUCAGGAUACUUGAAAAACCCAAAAAUUCUGAGCGGCACUACAAUUGCGCUCGUCACCUUGAGACAUAAGAUGUUAAGUCUCAUUUGCCCAGUAAAUUCACUAGCUACGGUGCCCUUCAGACCGAAAUACAAUAAUGUUUACACAUUACUAUUAAUAUUAUUACAUUACCCGCCGUUGUGGUACCCAAGAUAUAGCCGGCAUCCGGUACAAAAGAGCCUCCUUUAUUUAUUUUUUUGUUUUGAAAAUCUCUUCUGACAGGGAUUCAAUCGCGCCCUCGCCUAACCAAAACUGAUGCCGAAACAGUUUUUAAGCCCAGCCCAGUACGGAAUAGUUUUAGUUGCAUUAUUUUAAGGCGACAGAAAUGCUUCCAUGUUGUAUAUGCGUUCACUGGGCAAUAAUAUUUGAAAUUCUGUUUGAGAGAUUUUAGUAUGCGACUAUCACAAAGCGCACAAAAAGCAUAAAACUUAGUAUUAUUCAUUAGCUAAAUUUUAUUCAUUGCUUAUUAUUAUUAAUAAUAGUUUCUAAUGGUAAAAUUGGUAUUAGAAGUUACCAUUUGUAAUGAUUUACCAUAGAUAUUCUAACACCAUUAUUAUAAUUAUAAUUUUUGUGUUCCUGAUUUGUAAGUGCUGUGAAUGCAUGCUAUUUUUAUUACUGAAAAUGAGCGGUUGAUUAAAUGUGAUAUGUUUAAAUUAACAUAAUAUUAUUUUAUCAA